AUGUUCCGCUCCAUCCGCUCUGCCUCGGCCCUCGCCAAGGCCAUGCCCCGCAUGAACCCUGCUGCUCAGCAGAAGCGUUUCUUGUCCAUCCACGAGUACAUGUCCAUGGAUCUUCUCCAGAAGCAGGGCAUCAAGACCCCUCGCGGUGGUGUCGCCAAGUCUGGCGCUGAGGCCUUCAAGAUCGCCGAGACCCUCGGAACUGAGGACAUGGUCAUCAAGGCUCAGGUUUUGGCCGGUGGUCGUGGUAAGGGUACCUUCGACUCCGGCUUGAAGGGAGGUGUCCGCACCAUCUUCUCCCCCACUGAGGCCAAGAUGUUCGCUGACCAGAUGCUCGGACACAAGCUCGUUACCAAGCAGACCGGUGCUGCUGGCAAGAUCUGCAACGCCGUCUACAUUUGCGAGCGCAAGUACGUCCGUCGCGAGUACUACUUUGCUGUCUUGAUGGACCGCAAGUCCCAGGGCCCCGUCAUGGUUGCCUCUUCCCAGGGAGGAGUUGACAUUGAGUCCGUCGCUGCUGAGAACCCCGAGGCCAUCCUCCAGUUGCCCAUUGACAUCAACAAGGGUGUCGACCGUGCUGCUGUCCGCGACCUUGCCGAGCGCAUGGGAUUCACCCCCAAGUGCGUUGACCAGGCCACCGACACCAUGAUCAACUUGUACGACCUCUUCAUGCAGAAGGAUGCCACCAUGGUUGAGAUCAACCCCAUGGCCGAGUCUGCCGACCACGAGGUUAUCUGCAUGGAUGCCAAGAUCAACUUUGACGAUAACGCCGAGUUCCGUCAGCACGAGGUCCACGCUCUCCGUGAUGUCACCCAGGAGGAUCCCCGUGAGGUUGCUGCUGCCAAGUACAACUUGAACUACAUUGGAUUGGACGGAUCGAUCGGAUGCCUCGUCAACGGAGCUGGUUUGGCCAUGUCGACCAUGGAUAUCAUCAAGUUGCACGGUGGUGAGCCCGCCAACUUCUUGGAUGUCGGUGGUGGAGCCAGCGCUGACCAGGUCACUGAGGCUUUCAAGAUCAUCUCGUCCGACCCCCGUGUGACCACUAUCUUCACCAACAUUUUCGGAGGUAUCAUGUCGUGCCGCGUUAUUGCCCAGGGUAUCAUCGCCGCCGCCUCGACCCUCCAGCUUCAGAUCCCCCUCGUCGUCCGUCUCCAGGGUACCGAGGUCGAUGAGGCCAAGAAGUUGAUUGCUGAGUCUGGACUCCGUAUUAUCACCUCGGACGAUUUGGAUGAUGCUGCCAGCAAGUCUGUCAAGUUGAGCAAGAUGGUCAACAUGGCUCGUGAGGCCAAGAUCAACGUCUCGUUCGAGUUGCCUAUCUAA